ACAAAGCGGUUUAAAGUAUUUUCGCGUCAUGACUGUUCAUAAACAGAGCUAGUCGAGAAUACAUGUGAUUUUAACAAUUAUAUCUGCGUCGUUCAUUGUGUGUGUGAGUGCAAGAGAGUUUUGUACAGAUAGUAUAUCAUCGAGUGACUUAUAUUAAGUGUGAUCAUGCUGUUUGUCGCUGUAGCAGGUUCAAUACAAGGUCAUCAGGUAAUCGGGUUAUGGUUCAAUAUAGGCGCGUAAACAAGCAGAUAAGCUCUGAAUCGAUCAAAACAGAAGUUUGGACAGCGACUAUAGGACAAAAAGUAUUCGGUCAAUUGUGGAAAUGUUUGGUAUAGUGAAUUGCAGCAUAUCUACGACAUGCCUAGUUGGCAUUCUGACCGGAUUAGCUGUAUUGUUCUACGUGUAUGUCAAGUGGUCGCACUCAUAUUGGAAAAGAAAAGGGGUACCCUACCUAGAACCGGAAUUCUUCUACGGCAACAGCAAAAAGAUAAUAAAGAGAGAAAUAUCGUUUGGCGACAGAUUUGCGGAAAUAUACACCGAAAUGAAGUCUAAAGGAUGGAAGUUUGGAGGAACUUAUAUAUUCACCAGACCAUCUUUUUUACCGAUAGAUCUGGAGCUGAUCAAAUGUAUCCUACAAAAAGACUUCCAACAUUUUAUGAAUCACGGCUUUUACGUGAACGAAGAGUCCGAUCCCCUAACAGGACACCUGUUCAAUUUGGAGAACCAGAAAUGGAAAAACAUCAGAGGAAAGUUAACUCCAACGUUCACUUCGGGUAAACUGAAGAUGAUGUUCCAAACCAUGGCUGCCUGCACCGAAGGCCUCGCAGAGGUACUCAAAGAAUACGAGAAAAUAAACGAUGUCGUUGACAUCAAAGAAGUCCUAUCCAGAUUCACGACGGACGUCAUCGGAUCUGUAGCGUUCGGCCUGGAAUGCAACAGUCUCAAAGAUCCUGACUCGGUAUUCAGAAAAUACGGCAAAAAGGUGUUCGAACCGAGCUUCAUACGACGAAUCAAAAUGUGGAUAAUGAUGUUCACCCCGAAACACAUUUUGAAGAAGAUCAGCUUCAAACAAACAGACGCUGCUGUUGAGAAGUUCUUCUUGGACACCGUGAGAGAUACCAUCAAAUACAGAGAACAAAACAACAUAUUUAGAAAGGACUUCAUGCACUUGUUGAUCCAAUUGAAAAACCGAGGCGAAGUGACGGAUGACGACAAGCUAUCUGCAGAAGUAGAAGAGUCGCAGAAGGAAAUGCAUUUGACAGAAAAUGAGAUUGCAGCUCAGUGUUUUGUUUUCUUUAUCGCCGGUUUUGAAACGUCGGCUACUACGAUGACGUUUGCUCUGUAUGAACUAGCCGCUAAUCAAGAUAUCCAGGAGAAGCUACGAGAGGAAGUUCGUGAUGUGCUGGAUAAGUAUGACGGAAAAAUGACAUACGAUGCUAUUAUGGAGAUGACGUAUUUGGAUAAAAUUGUCAAUGAAACACUGCGUAAACACCCACCCGUACCUGGCACACCAAGGAUAUGUACCAAACGAUACCAAAUUCCCGGCACAGAUAUAUUCAUUGAGGAGGGAACAAGAGUUAAUAUUCCAAUACAUGCCAUUCAAAGAGAUCCAGAAUAUUAUCCCGACCCCGAAAAGUUCGACCCAGAAAGAUUCAAUGAAGAGAAUAAAAGCAAAAGGCGUCCUUACACGUUCAUGCCAUUUGGAGAAGGGCCAAGGAUAUGUAUAGGUGCUAGGUUUGGAUUGCUGCAAGCCAAAGUUGGACUGACGGCCAUCAUAAGCAAAUUCGUAGUCACUAUCAAUGAAAAGACCGAAAUGCCUCUGAAAUAUGCAACGAACAUGUUUAUAACAACACCAAAGGGUGGGCUAUGGUUGAACGUGAAAGAAAUCAAGUGAUAUUAAAGUAUACUCGUAUAAACGUUCUACGAGACUGACAUAAUUAUUAUCUACUAGAAGUAACCAAUUUCUUAACGACUGAGUAAAUAUAUGUCGACAUUCAGUGAUGUAUAAAAUAGGAGGAUUCGUUUAUUUUUUCUACCAUGUGGAUGAAUAAUAAAGAUGUAAAUAUUUGUAUAACGUAAAUAGCACGUCAAAUUACAUGUAUGCAUUGAUAAUCCCACUUGAAUGUGUUUGUAAAAGUUUAUCUGACAUAAUAAAGUGUAUACAGAUACUCACUACA